AUGAGUGCGCUGGAAGAGGACGGUUCGCACAAGGAGUCGAGUCAGAGUGUGGAAAUGGACCUCCCGCCCGACAAGGCUGCACUCCAUGCCAUUCCCAAGACAGACGACGACGACGCAGCCGGCGAGGAGGCAGAGACGAAGCCCCCAAACGAUCCUCAGACCGCGACCAAGCUCUCCAAAACUGGACAAAAGAAAGGAUUGCGCUUCUGGAUGAUUAUCGUGGCACUCAGCUUCACGAGUCUGUUGAUCGCCAUGGAGGGAACCAUCACAUCCACAGCCCUGCCCUCUAUCAUCGCGGAUCUAGGUGGUGGUGACUUGUACAUCUGGGCCGCCAACGGUUACUUCCUAACCAUGACCGCAUUGCAGCCCCUUUACGGCCAGCUGGCCAAUGCCUUUGGUCGUCGGUGGCCAACAAUCGGUGCAACAGCGGCGUUUGUCCUGGGCAGUGGUAUAUGUGGAGGGGCCAACCACAUGGCGACGCUCAUCGCCGGCCGUGUGAUCCAGGGAGUCGGCGCCGGUGGCAUCAGCGUCCUCGUCGAGAUGAUCAUUUGCGACUUAGUUCCUUUGCGACAACGAGGCAACUACAUUGCCAUCAUCGUCGGCCUGAUUUCGCUCGGCACGGCGCUCGGGCCCUUCUUCGGCGGUCUCAUCGUCGACCACGCCACCUGGCGAUGGGUCUUUUACCUCAAUCUCCCCGUUGGCGGUGUCGCGUUGGCACUGCUUCUGGCCUUUUUGAAGGUGACCUGGAACAAGAACACCAGGCUCGCCACCAAGCUGACGUCGAUUGACUGGCCUGGCAACGCCAUCUUCAUCGCGUCCAUCUGCGCCAUCCUCCUCGCGCUGUCCUGGGCCGGUGCGUUAUAUCCCUGGUCAUCAUACCAUGUCAUUGUGCCACUGGUCACCGGCCUCGUCGGCCUAGUAGGCUUUCUCGCAUUCGAAGGAACGCGCCUGGCUCCCCAGCCAACCAUGCCGCUGCAUCUCAUGUCGAAUCGCACUUCGGCCAUCGCCUAUAUUCUCACUUUGCUGCACAGCAUAGUCUUCAUAUGGACGCUCUAUUUUCUUCCCGUAUACUUUCAAGGCGUCCUUGGCUCCUCACCGACCUACUCCGGAGUACAACUUCUGCCCAGCAUACUGGUCAUCGUACCAUUUGCUGCAAUGGGAGGGGUGGCCAUGUCCAAAUUCGGCCGAUACCGACCCAUACACUUCGCAGGUUUCGCAUUGGUCGUGCUGAGCUUCGGCCUCUUCAGCCUCCUCGACCAACACUCGUCCACAGGGACGUGGGUUGGCUUUCAAGUGAUAUUCUCUGCUGGAGGCGGCCUCGUCAUCUCGACGUUGCUGCCCACAGUGAUGGCGCCUCUCUCAGAAAGCGACACGGCACUUGCAACAUCCACUUGGGCGUUCGUGCGUAGUUUUGGCAUGACAUGGGGUACUGCAAUCCCUGCCGCAAUAUUGAACAAUCGGUUCGACGAGCUUGCGACCACGGACAUCGCAGACCCUGUCAUCAGACGGCAACUUAUCAAUGGUCAGGCGUACAGCCAUGCCACAGCUGCCUUUCUCGACACACUAUCGGCUCCCACCCGCGAACAAUUCAUCGAGGUGUUGAAUGGAAGCCUCCGCCGCACAUGGCAGGUUAGCAUUGGCUUCGCGGCGCUGGGAUUCUUGCUGCCGUUCUUUGAGAAAGAGAUACCUCUUCGUCAGGAGCUUGAAACUGAAUUUGGCAUGGAGAAAAAGGAGAACAAAGACAGUGCCUCGAAAGAGGACACUAGCAGUGCUUGA